AUGGGACUGCGCUCAAUCAAAGUAACAUACAGAUUCCUCUCAACACGUGGACAUGGGGAUUUAAAAAAAAAAUUAUAUAGCUAUAGUAAAAUUAUAGAAGCAAGCAAUGCAAAUACAGUCCAUUAUAAUGAUGUGAACGAGGAACGAAGGAAAAGACUGGCGUGGAAGUUAUGUUCAGCUACGGCUGCUACUACUGCUGCUGCUACUACUGCUGCUGCUACUACUGCGGCUGCUACUACUGCUGCUGCUACUACUGCGGCUGCUACUUCAACUGCUGGUACUACUGCUAGUAUUGCAUCGACGUGGCAAAAUCCGCUUUGUUUGAUAGAUGCAAAUUUAUUUAGCAACAGAAUAAGUCAUAACUAUGACAAAGCGGCAGUAAGGAUAAACAAAUGGAUAUUAGCAAAAGGGAAGCACUUCACAAUAAAUAGUAUAAUAAAAAAAUCGUUUUCAACAAAAUAUCAAAGCGCCCAAACAGAUAAGAAUAUAGAGCAAAAAAAAGUAAAACUAGACGGUAGUAAUAUUGAAACACGUAAAGAACUAAUAAUGGCGGAGGAUCAAAAAGGACGUACACAGAAGGUGCCUUCUCCUUUGAACGAAAGCUGGGAACAUCAUAAGAACAGUAUAAUGGGAAAUAAAACAAACCACGAAACGAACCACGAAACGAACCACAAAACGAACCACGAAACGAAUCACAAAACGAACCACGAAACGAACCAAGAGGCGAAGAAUGGAAUAAACAAUAUGGAUAGCCACGUAGUCAGUAAUGCUAAUUGCAGCAAUAGUAGUAACAGCGCACAUGACCUGGAAAACCAGGGAAAGGGGAAUGAAGAACAUGCUACUAUGAUUAACAUGAUAAAGAAGAAGAAAUUGAAGACAAAUGAUAGUGAAAACAAAAUUAAUAAAAUUUGUAAAAAGAGUGCAAGUGGAUUAAAAUAUGCUUUUUCAAUUAUAAAAACAACGUGUGCACAAAUAAAAAUUAUAAUAUUACAGCCAUCGAUGUUAAGAGUGUAUUAUGGAGAUUUGAAAAAAAAUGUAAAGCAUACGAUUGUUUGGGUUAAAACAGGUAUUCUUUUAUUUUUAACAAAUAUGAAAAUUUCAAAAAAUUUAAUUAUUAAAAGAUUAAAAGGAUAUAGAUUGUCAUAUUCUGAAUAUAAAUUAUUAAUCAGAACAAUGAAUGAUAUGUUCAAAUUAAUUCCAUUUUCCUUUUUUAUAAUAAUACCUUUUGCUGAGUUUCUACUUCCUCUUUUUUUGAAAAUCUAUCCUGACUUAUUGCCAUCAACUUUUAAAAAUAAUGAUGAUAAUUUUAAUAAAAUAAAAAAAAAUUUAUAUGCAAAACAACAGCUAGCCAAAUUUUUGCAGCAAUUAAUUGAGGAGAAAGAAAAACAAUUAAAUGAAAAUAUAGGUAUAGAUUCUGAUAAAAAAAAAAAAAUUUUAAAUAAAUUUCAUCAACAACUUAUUAAUAAAGAUGAAAAAGAUGUUAAUCCAUUCUUAAGUGUAGCAGAUACAUUAAAAAUAGCUAAAAUUUUUAAAGAUGAUUUUGUACUAGAUCAGAUGAACUUAAAAACAUUACAAACAAUAUGCCAUUUACUUGGAUUGAAACCAUAUGGAAUGCAUUAUCAUGUUGUUUUGCAAUUAAGGCAUCAUUUUUUAAGACUACAAAGAGAAGACAGAGAACUAAUUUAUGAAGGGGUUGAUAAUUUAAAAAAGAAUACAUUGAUAGAAAUAUGCAAAGAUAGAGGAAUGAAUUACAAUAUCACAGAAAAAGAAAUGAAAAUACAAAUACAACAAUGGUUAGAAUUAGCUAGUAUUAAAGAAGUUCCAUAUAUCUUACUUCUAUAUAUUAGGUGUGUAGUUAUUACACAUGCAAUUAUGGAUAUUCAGGACACCGAUAAAACAAGUUGUAGUUUAAAUAAUGAAAAUAUUACAAAAAGUGGAAACAUAGAUGAUAAACAGAAACUAAUACAGGAAGCUAAAGAAAAAUUGGACGAUCUAAAAAUGAAAGAACUAGAAAUUAAAAAAAAUAUUAACAAAGAAACUAAUGAAGAAGUUAUUGAGAACAAGGAGAAUAAGAUCAAAAUGAAUUUUCUUAAAAAAAAUAAAUACAUGCAAAAUGAAUUAAACAUGUUAAGGCAAAUUUGUGAUUUGCAGCACAACGAACUAAAGAUUGCCUUCACUUCAUUGACCGACUUGGCCGAGAAGAGACAGUCCUGUGAUAUUAAUGAAAUAAUAAAAAACAUGUCCGAAAGACUCCAACAUAUUGAAAAACAUAUAAACGAGUUGAAUGCACACAAACAAGUAGAAAUGGAUGAAUAUUUCUAUCCGGAAGAAGAGAAAACCGAUGACGUCGUGAGUAUAAAGAGUUGA